UGCAGUUAGAUUUCAUUUUUUAUUCUCAACUCUGCAUAUUCCCUUCCUUACUAAAGAACCUUGACAAAUAAUUUUAAAACUAUUAGUCUCGUCACCAUCUCUUAAUUCGCUUUAAUUCAGGAAAUCAAGUACCAAAUACGCUAAAGAAGGAUGAAUAAUUCUUACAAUAUUGAAAACGAGAAAGGAGACAUGAAGGGGAGCUGGUGGAAGAGAAGAUCGAAAAUGGAAAAGAAGUUGACUAUACUUUCUAUCCUGGCCUUGGCGGUAAUAGUCAUACUUGUAAUAGUGAUUAUUAUUUUCUUCACACGUGCCCCAGACGUAUGCCUUUCAGCAAGCUGCGUUCAUGUCACCAAUCACUUAUUAGAUCACAUGGAUCCCGAUGUUGACCCAUGCGAAGACUUCUAUGAAUUUGCUUGUGGAGGUUUUAUGGAUAACGUGCAGUUGGAUGACGACUAUGUAAAAACGAUAAAUACCUUUAUGGAGGAUACGGUGCAAGAUCGCAUACGAGGAAUCAUCGAGGAGCCGGAAGAAGAUGAUGAUCCAAGGUCAAUAGCUAACGCAAAAAGGCUUUACCGCGCGUGCAUGAAUUUAACCGCAAUCGAGGAGAAAGGGUUGCGCUUAAUCAAAGAUUCGAUACGACAAAUUGGUGGAUGGCCGCUGCUAGAAAAUUCCAAUUGGAAGGAAAAGGACUUCGAUUGGAAAACUGCGACUUACAAAUUAAGAGAGCUUGGUUACGGCUUUCAGUUUUUUAUAGUUAUGCGCAUUAAGCCAGAUGAAAAUGAUCCCUCCAAGAGGAUUAUAAUGUUGCACAGUCCUUGGAGUUCACUGAGCCGUACGGAUAGCAAUGAAGAGGAGCGACUGUUUGAAUUGUACGUUGACAUCGCCGAAGUCUUCGAAGUAGACAAAAAUCGCGCUCGAAAUGAGUACAGAGAAGUCAUCGAUUUUAUGAAGACAUUGUUUAUAACCCCUGAAGAAACCAAGGACUUGGACGAUAAGUACGACCCUCUUACAAUAUCAGAGCUUCAGUAUAAAUUUAGAGACGUUCCUUGGUUAGAAUACAUUAACAGAUUACAGUUCCCUGCCCCAAACAUCUCAUAUGAGCAAAUUGUAACCGUAUCCGAUUCUCCUUACUUCAUACGACUACAAAACGCUUUGAGGCGUACGCCAAAACGGGUUUUAGCAAAUUUUAUUGCCAUGGAAGCCAUUCUGCAGCACAGCAUGUAUUUAACAAGGGACAUACGUGAUGUGGUUAUGAAAUACUACGAAGCAAUGCGAUUAGAGAAGAACCACGUGAUGAAUGUGCCACCCCGCCACGAGUUAUGUUCGCAAUUAGUUGGAUAUACAUUUUCAUUACCGUUGCAAGCGGCUUACGUUGAAAAGCACUUUUCAAACCAUGCGAAAGACCGUGCAUACGAAAUAUUUCAAGACGUAAAAAACGAGUUCAAGGAGGUGGUUAGUAAUUUGAAGUGGAUGGAUGAGGAAACUCGCGUAAAGGCUUUGGAAAGGUUGUUUAGUAGCAAAAGUUACAUAGGGUAUCCUGCCGAUCUGUUGCACUUUGACAAAAUCGAGCAACGAUACCAAGGGUACCACAUGGAAGAGGACAAUUUUCUGGCAUCUGUACUAAAUGCUGACUACUACGCUACCAAUAACAGAUUCAAGUUGCUGCACGAACCGGUUACUAAAGACGAGGAGUUGAACGAUGCAUACGCUACCUACACACAAAGUUCAUAUUAUGACAACGAUAACACCAUAACCAUACCAGCCGGGAUGUUACAAGGAGUCAUUUUCGACGAAGAUCGACCCAAUUAUCUAAACUUCGGUGCCCUUGGUUCUGCUAUGGGUCACGAACUGUUUCAUACAGUGUUCGAGGGCCCAAGCUGCGGAAAACCGAAAAUAUCGAAGCACUACGAUUUUAUUUCCACACAGACUAUGCUACGUUACAAAGAAAAAUUGUCGUGUGUAGCCAUGCAUUACGGAAAAUACUUUGUUCCAGAAGUCAGGGAAUACCUAAACUCGUCGAAUACCCAAAAUGAAGACAUCGCCGACAUUGCUGGGGUCAAACUUGCUUACGAAGCGUACAAUGACUGGCUAAGUAAAAAUGGUGCAGAGAAACGAUUGCCCGGUGUGGACUAUACGCCGAAGCAGCUGUUUUGGAUUGCGUCUGCCAUGAGAUGGUGUGCGAAGGGUACGGUGGAAUCAAUAGAAAAUUCAAUUGCUCACAGCAGUAGCUCGUUGAAGAGAUUUAGGGUUUUGGGUACCUUGCGGAAUAUGGAAGAGUUUGCUAGAGAUUUCCAGUGCUCUUCUACUUCUUACAUGAAUAAUGAGAAUAAAUGCGAACUGUGGUAAAGCUUAGUGAUUUGGACUGAAACAACUAAAUGUUAAUAAGUAAUUUAAUAUAUUUUUAUGUUGUUUAGAGUA